AGACCAACAAAAGAAGCCAAAUUAAUGACCAUGCUUAACUCCAACUACUACAGGACAGAAGCAUGAUGGCACUAAUCAAACCUCUAUUUAAUCAGCAAUCCUGAUGAUUUGUAAUGCAAUAAUCAUGUCUAACUGGUCAGAACUUCCACAAGAAUUGCUACAAACCAUAACCCAAAAGCAAUCCAACUAUGUCGAUUAUAUUUCCACAAGAGCUGUUUGCAAAUCAUGGUGGUCUGCAAUACCUAAGAAACCUCAUGAUCUUCUUUGUCAACUUCCAUGGCUAUUGCUUCCUUACCACAAAAACAAUCCAAAUCAUCGCGGCUUCUAUAACCUUGCAGACGGAAAGACCUACCACCUCGAAUUGCCUGAGACCAUUGAAAAACGUUGUUGUGGUUCUUCUCAUGGUUGGUUAGUUAUGGUCGAAGAUACUCCGUCAAUUUUUCUAUUAAAUCCGUUAACUAAAGCUAGAAUUGAGCUUCCAUCCUUAUCAACUUUUCCUAAUUUCCCCACUGAAGUAGUCUACGAAAAUUCCAGGAACAUAAAUGAGUAUUUUAAUACGAAAGCCAAACUUCGUAUUAGAGAAACAUAUAUCAGAAAAGCUAUAGUAUCCGAGGAUCCUUCAACAGGUAAUUUCGCGGUCAUGGCAAUAUAUAAAACUAUAAACAGUACUGAGAAUAUAGCCUUCUGUAAAUCAGGGGAUGCAACUUGGUUCACUAUCCAAGAAACAUCGCAAAAGAUCCAUUAUCAAGAUGUAAUGUUUCAUCGAGGAAAAUUCUAUGCGGUGGAUGAUAAGGGCAGGGUUUCAAUCUGCAUUACAGAUAUUAAUCCUCCAUCGGUGAUCCAAGUUGCUGAUCCUCCACCUGUCCCACCAUUAAUGGGAUAUAAGCAAUGGUACUUGGCUUCCUUAGAUGAAGAUCUAAUACUUGCCGGUCGGUUUAGGAAAUAUAGAGGUUCUGGUUAUGAGUACCAGACUCAUAAAUUCAUGGUUUACAAGCUAGAUGCAAGCAGUUCAAACUGGCUAGAGUUAGAUGGAUUGGGUGAUAUGCUAUCGUUUUUGGGCUGGAAUUGCUUUCACUCCAUUUCGACUCAGAAUUAUAGGAAUUACAGCGGAAAUUGCAUCUAUUUUACUGAUGACAAGUUUAUUGUAGGCAGUGAUUUUCCAUGGGAGGGUCAUGACUAUGGUAUUUUCAACUUGGAUGACAAAAGCGUCCAGCGAUUAGGUCUGCCUUCGUAUCCUAUAAAGUUACCCAUUUUGCCUUUCAUUUAUGGUUACGAAAGAAGCUUAAAGCGUGACCGAUCCUCCUUCAUCUUGCCUCCACCUAUUUGGGUUACAAUUAAUCCAUAAAUUAUUCAUUUAUGAUUUUAGAACUGAAU